GUGAUUAUUGUUUUGUUUAAUCGCCAAUCAAAUGUAACAUUUGACAAUUUAAUCUAAUUGUAAAUUCACCUUGUUCAGUGUAAUUAUAAAUUCUGAUCACCUAAUAUCUUGAUUGCUGAAAAGUGAUUAAUAUUAUUCAUCAAAUUCAAUGAAAAGGUUACGCUCCUUGUGAUAUACAAUUAGAAAUUAGAUCAAUUUAUAAAAUCGAGACCAACUCAAUCAAAUCGAUAAUAAUAAUCGACCAUGUCCUCAGUUAAAGUCGCUGUUCGGGUUCGGCCCUUUAAUAAUCGUGAGAUUAGCUACAAAUGUAAAUGUAUCAUUGGUAUGAAUGGACAGACAACAACAAUUACCAAUCCAAAGAUUUCGGAUACAGAUAAAAAUUUCAACUUCGAUUACUCGUAUUGGUCACAUAAUCCGGAUGAUCCAAAUUUCGCUUCCCAGGAUCGGGUUUACAAAGAUAUCGGUGAGAAAAUGUUACAACACGCAUUCGAGGGAUACAAUGUUUGCAUUUUCGCUUAUGGACAAACGGGAGCGGGUAAAAGUUACACGAUGAUGGGCACCAAAGAGGAAGAAGGUGUCAUCCCUCAUAUCUGCCGUGACCUUUUCCAUCGAGUUCUAUCCGAUGAUGAUGAGAAUUCCCUCUAUUCGGUUGAAGUUUCUUUCAUGGAAAUUUAUUGUGAACGAGUUCGUGAUCUUUUAAAUCCUAAAAAUCGUUCAUCACUUCGAGUUCGUGAACAUCCAGUUCUUGGUCCAUACGUCGAGGAUUUAUCUCGACUUGCGGUCACUUCAUAUGAAGAUAUAAGGGAAUUGAUGGAUGAAGGUAACAAGGCAAGAACUGUAGCUGCAACUAAUAUGAACGAGACGAGUAGUAGGUCACAUGCCGUUUUCACGAUUAUUUUCACUCAACGACGGACUGAUUCAGCUACUGGCCUGGAGGCGGAGAAAGUUUCAAAAAUAUCGCUUGUUGAUUUAGCCGGAAGCGAACGAGCUGAUUCAACCGGCGCUCAAGGAACCCGAUUAAAGGAAGGCGCAAAUAUAAAUAAAUCAUUAACGACAUUAGGUAAAGUCAUUUCGGCUCUCGUUGAAAUGGCAACGAAGAAGAAGAAAAAAGGUGAACAUAUUCCAUAUCGAGAUUCGGUACUGACUUGGCUUCUUCGGGAAAAUUUAGGUGGAAAUUCAAAGACUGCAAUGAUAGCGGCGAUUAGUCCGGCUGAUAUUAAUUACGAUGAAACAUUAAGUACAUUACGUUAUGCUGAUCGUGCGAAACAAAUUGUAUGCAAAGCGGUGAUUAAUGAAGAUGCCAAUGCUAAAUUGAUUCGAGAAUUAAAGGAAGAGAUAAUUAAAUUGAAAGCUUUACUUCGAGCUGAAGGUUUAGAGAUGGGUGAAGAUUCGGCUCAGGUUGAUGUUCAAUCGGUUAAACGGCGAACUGGUUCAGUAUCACAAGUUGGUGAGACGGCGAUUGAACAGCUUCAAGAAUCCGAGAAAUUAAUGUCAGAAUUAAAUGAAACAUGGGAAGAGAAAUUAAAACGAACAGAAAUGAUUCGAUUACAACGAGAAGCAGUUCUCGUCGAAAUGGGUGUGGCAACGGGCGAAGAUGGUGACACAGUUGGCCUAUUUUCACCCCAACGAACACCUCAUCUAGUUAACCUUAAUGAAGAUCCAUUGAUGUCCGAGUGUCUAAUUUACUACAUCAAAGAUGGUUUCACCAGAGUGGGUCUUUCGGAGGCCGAAAUACCUCAAGAUAUAAAACUCCAUGGAAGUCACAUUGCUCUUGAACAUUGUAUCUUCGAGAAUCGUGAUGGUAAGGUCACUUUAAUACCAGUUCGAGACUCUCUUUGCUAUGUCAACGGAAUGAAAGUCGAUAAACCGGUUGAACUUAAAACUGGUUCUCGAGUUAUUCUUGGUAAAUAUCAUGUGUUUCGAUUCCAGCAUCCAGAACAAGCUCGAUUACAAAGAGAACCACCGAAAGAGAUUAUUAAUCCAGAGAAAAAUGGCCUUAAACUGGUCGAUUGGAGUUUCGCUCAACUUGAACUGUUAGAGAAACAAGGGAUUGACCUGAAAGUUGAAAUGGAAAAGAAACUUGUUGCCCUUGAAGAACAGUUCAGAAAAGAAAAGGAAGAACCGAAAAAUUAUGAGGCCAGAAUUGAGAGUUUACAGCGGCAGGUUGAUGAACAAUCGAUGACCUUAUCUUCACCUUGUGUAUCAAUGGUCACCUCGAUGGUAACCUCAAUGGUCAGUUGUAAAGACGAUUUAACAUUAGAAGAUGUUUUCAGUGAAGAAAUCAAUUGGACAGAUGACCAGUAUAAAAUUGUCGAAAGUGCAUUCGAAAAGUGGAAACACCAUCAGUUCACCAGCCUUCGAGAUGACCUUUGGGGAAAUGCGAUAUUCCUUAAAGAAGCGAAUGCAAUUUCCGUUGAGCUAAAGAAACGCGUUCAAUUUCAAUUCGUCCUUCUAACGGACACAAUGUAUUCACCUCUCCCAGUUGAUCUAAAAUCAGUUAAUUGUUACAAUCAACUAGAAAAUGUACCAAAUUUACAAUACGAAAAUCCGUCACAAAUGAAAGAUCCUCGAACCAUAGUGGCCGUUGAAGUGCUGGACACCAAAAACGGAGCAACACAUUACUGGUCACUGAGUAAAUUAAGGCAUCGACUGGAGAUGAUGCGUCAUAUUUACUAUCAUUAUUUUGACGAUUUAGAUGUUAUAAGUUCUGAAUCAAGUUCUGAUCAAUUGAUGAAAUCAUUUACCUUCUUUAAUGACGAGAUGAUGAAUCAAAUCCAGUUUCAAGAAAGAAAACGAUUAGAACUGAUGAGAGAAAUGUACAAAAACGAAGCAGAAAUGUCACCAACCUCACCUGAAUGUAAUUUCGAUUCUGGUUCGACCGGAGGUGAUCCGUUCUAUGAUAGAUUCCCCUGGUUUCGAUUAAUUGGUCGAACUUUUCUUUAUAUUUCCAAUCUUUUCCAUUCGCUGACUUUGGUUCAAAAAGUUCCAAUCGUAACUGAGAAAGGUGAUGUUAAAGGUUUUCUUCGAGUAGCAAUACAACCAGUAACUGAUGAUGAUGAUUCAGCUAAUGUUCCUGAUAUCGGCUCGGCGACUUCAUUGAAUAUCCGACAAUCAGCAAGAAUUGAAUUUAAUUCUGAUGAUCCUAAACUGUUAACAUUAAAAUCAAAAUGGUGUCAGCCUGUUGGAUCAAAGGAGUUUAAUAUUCCCAACUUAUUACAAUUAGUUAAUUGUUCCGGUGAUAAAUUUAAAAACAAUAAUGGUGAUGAUCCAGAAUCGUCAAGUGAUCAAGGUGAAAAUGAGGAUAAGCUAAACAACGAUAAUCAAAUGUUAUCUAAAUUAAGUGAACAUCUUAAAUUAGGUAAAGAUUUUACCUUUCGUGUGAUAAUUUUACAAAUAAUCGAUAUUGCCAAAGAGUAUGGGGACAUUUUCUGUCAAUUCAAUUUUCUCCACCGUCACGAUGAACCUUUUUCAACGGAACCAAUCAAGAAUACAGGUAAAGGUCCACCGCCGGGAUUUUUUCGAAUUCAAAAUAUCACCAUCCAGGUAACUCAAGAAUUCAUUGAUUACAUACAAUCGUAUCCAAUUGUCUUCGAAGUGUUUGGACAUUACCAACAGCAUCCUCUUCAUAAAGAAUCGAAAGAUGUACGAGAUUUUAUUCCAGGAGCACAGAAUCAUAAUUCUGUUCGUCAACCACCCAGACGAAUGUUCCCUCAAUUUAUUCCCGUUUCUCAGCCCAUUCCAUCGCAACGAUACUCAUUGUUAAACGCGUCCCCAAGUUCCGCUCAUAUUCAUGCUAAAUACGAUCUACUUGUUUGGUUCGAAGUCUGUGAAUUGGCACCGACCGGUGAAUACAUUCCCGUUGUUGUUGAUCAUCACGAUGAUACACCCUGUAGGGGAACUUUACUUCUUCAUCAUGGUAUUCAACGUCGUCUAAGAAUAACAGUUAUCCAUGAAGACGAUCCAGAUAUCGUUUGGAAAGAUAUAAGAGAAUUGGUUUUAGGACGAAUACGAACCAGCGUUGAUUAUCCGGAUAAUUUUGACGACGAAGAUGAUGAAUCAGUUUUAUCUCUUAGUCUAUUUUCCAUUGAAUAUCUCGAUAAAAUGGACGGUAGAAUCGUUAGAAGGUUCGAAGCGGCCUGGGACACGUCGCUUCACAACUCGUACCUCAUGAAUAGAGUCACACCAACGGGUGAACGAAUCUAUUUAACCCUCUCAGCUUAUCUCGAGUUAGAGAAUUGUAAUCAAUUGGCCAUUAUAACCAAAGAUUUAUGUCUAAUGAUCUACCAAAGAGAUGCUCGAACUCUUCCUCGAUUAGCUCCAAACACUAAGGCACUUCGUCAUUUGAUCAGUGGCGCUUAUAAGAAUGCUGAUUGUAACCAUGUUUCGGCGGUUUAUGAAUUGACCUUGAAAAGGGCAGUUGAUUGUGGGUCUCCUGGAGUAAAGAGAAGGCAACGUCGAGUUCUGGACACUUCUGGUACUUAUGUUCGAGGAGAGGAGAAUCUAAAUGGUUGGCAGCCUAGAGGUGAUUCGUUGAUAUUUGACCAUCAAUGGGAAUUGGAGAAGAUUAAACGCCUCGAAUUAACGGAAAAAGUUCGACAUGUUCUUACAGUUCGAGAGAAACUAGAAAAAGGUUCACCUCAACCGGAAUUACUUUCCUGUGGAUUAACAUCAAGUGGAUCUCGAAUGAAUUUAGCUGCUUUAGCUGCAAGCGCCAGUCCAGCAACAACUCCAGUCACUGAUGAGGCCGUUUAUCGACCAUGGGACAUGUCACCAAGGGAGAAAGAAUUAUGUCAAAAGUGUGUCAAUCAUAUUCUUGCCCAUAUACCAUCAAAACCAAGUCCACAUCAAGUGAAAAAAGCUUCCCUUGGGACACCUUCGGGUGAUGAAUCUGACCUUUGUUCAUCAAUCCAUUCAAGUCCCGAACUAUUAUCACCUGAUCGACCUCUUAGUACCAAUGAUUGGUCACAAAGAAAUAGUAAUAUAUCUGAUAAAGAUCGUGACUCUGUCCUAAGUGGGCUACUCGAUCCAACCAUGAAACCCUUGUUUGUCCCCGAAAUUGAGGAGAUACGUUUAAGUCCAGUUAUCUCUCGAAAAGGUUCAAUCCUUUUAUCGGAUGAAAAAACAUCCAAACUUUUUAAACGAUGGGCAAUCGUCCGUCGUCCAUAUCUAUUUAUCCACUGUGAUGAACGUGAUCCCAUUGAACGGGCCAUAAUCAACCUGGCAACGGCCAACAUUGAAUAUCCCGAUUAUUUGACCGAUUCUAAUCAAUGCCGAUCGAUUUCAAUUGAGACCAAACACCGAACCUUUGUCCUGCACUCUACCAAUGACAAAGAGCUACAUGAUUGGUUAUAUGCUAUUAAUCCGCUUCUUGCAGGUCAAAUUAGAUCAAAAAAUCAAUUCGAUUCAAACAUUUGGCACAUCAAUGGAUGCAACUGACAUUUCAACUAAUUUAAAUACUAAAUUAACUAAUUGCAACUCAAACUUUUUACUUGACCAUUGAAACUUUGAGCAAUUUAGGAAUCAUCUUGCCUUUAAGAUUAACUUAAUUUCUAAUUUUAUUUGAUCAAAUUUGUUGCCAAAAGGAAAAGGAUAAUUGUUGAAAUUAAUGCAGCAAUUAACAUACAACAGGCUCAACAAUCAACCCCCAGAGUAUCAACAAUCAAAAAAAAUUAACCAUUCAUAAUUUUGAGUAAUAAAAAUAAUUAUAAAUGAAUAAUUUGAUUAGGCUGAUUGAAGUAAAUUAACUUGUCUAAUUAAAAGGAUCUGAUCAACAACCAACCGAAAUAAUUAAUUUAUUUUAAUUUGAUUGAAACAAAUCACUAAUAAUUAUAUUUUGUUAAAUUUUUUAUCUAUUUUCUUCAUAAUUUAAUUGUCAUCCUCAUCAUCAUCUCUAAAUUGUAGGCAUUAAUUUGAUUUAAUCAAAGUUAAUCAACGUUUUUACCAAUAAUCUAGUAACUUUGGUAAUCAUUUCAACCAAUUUAAGUUAAUUUGUUGUUCACUUUGUGCUUUUAAUUGUUCAACUUAAUUGUUCAUUAGACUUUUUUUUUCCUCAUUCAUUUUGAGUUGUGAGUUUUGUGUUAAUUAUACUUGAUGUGAUUUAAUAACAACAAUUUAAUCACAACGAUUAAUUACAAUUAAAGUUUCAAUCAACAAAUAAAUUCCCUUCUAUUUGUAUCGUUAUUUCAAUUGAAAAAGUUUCAAUCAACUAAUUUAGUUUCACGUCGAUAUUGAUAUUCAAUUGAAUGUUAAUUGUUAACAAUCAAUUUAUCAAGACUAUUGCUAAUUA